GGCUUGCCCGUGUUUCUCACCACCAACACGACCAGUACAACUCUUAUCUAAGUCAGAGAGAUGGCCUACAUUGCGCCCAUCCAUAGACCGAGCAGCGUCCGGCAUGCGCUUAAGCUGCGAUUUCUCGACCCAGACGAAGACUGCUUAGUUGUUGCUAAAUCAAACCGCCUAGAGUUUUACACGCAGUCUCCUGAAGAUGAUGGCUUUCUCCAACUCCGACACUCACGUUUGCUGCAUGGCAAAAUCACUGUACUAAAUAAGAUCAAGCCCUCAACUUCGCGGAGAGAGCAUAUCUUUGUAGGGACCGCUCGCCACAUGUACUUUACUCUAUCAUGGGAUCCAGAAGAGAAGCAAUUGCGGACCGAAAAGAGCUACAUGGAUCUGGCCGACAACACUGCGAGGGAGGUUCAAACGGAACAGCGGUGCCUAAUUGACCCCACCGAAGAAUUCCUCACGCUUGAAGUGUAUGAAGGUAUCAUCACGACCAUCCCGCUCGUACGAAAAGGCAGAAAGAAGGAAAUCCUGGAAAGUGGAGUCUUGGGUGAACCGGUUGCGGCAAGAAUACCAGAAUUCAUAGUGCGUAGCUCCGCAUUUCUACCAAGACCACCAGGACAGAACGAAAAGCCGAGACAUGCAUUAUUGUAUGAAGACUAUGAAGGGAAAGUCAAACUGCGGAUAAGAAACCUGGCAUAUACUUCUGCCGGUGGGGGCGAAGCCUCCGUUGAGUUCGAGGAUGACCCUCAGCGAUUACCGUCAUUGCCUAUGGAUAUGGGAGCGAACAUCCUGAUACCAAUCAACGGGCCCCCAUACGGGCUUCUUAUUCUAGCAGAAACGCAAAUAUCAUAUUUCCACGACGAGAACUUCACCAUCAUUACUCGACCCCUUGACGAGGCGACGGUAUUCAAAACGUGGGAGCGAAUCGACAAUCAACGAUACGUGCUUGGCGAUAUUUACGGCAAAUUAUAUCUUCUGAUGCUGAUCAUGGAUUUUGAGGAUAAAGUCCAAGAGUGGAAAUUAGACUUAUUGGGUGAUAUCCCCGUUGCUUCAGCGUUAGUAUACCUAGAUGCUGGUUGCUUAUUCGUAGGUUCGCAUCAAGGUGAUUCGACAGUCGUUAGAAUAAUGGAAGGAAAAGGUGGAGGUGCCAUUGAGACCGUCCAGACUUUCUCGAAUAUCGCACCCAUUCUGGACUUUACCAUUAUGGACAUGGGUAAUCGGACUGGCGAAGGACAGACGAAUGAAUACUCUUCAGGCCAGGCAAGGCUUGUGACAGGCAGUGGUGCCUUCGCCGAUGGCAGUCUAAGAAGUGUGAGAAGCGGCGUGGGGAUGCAAGAGUUAGGCAUUAUUGGCGAAAUGAGUCACAUCACCGAUUUGUUUAGCCUGAGAACGGAUCCAAGCUCGCAGUUCGACGACACACUCUUGGUUAGCUUCAUCAACGAAAGCAGAGUGUUUUAUUUCCAUCCUGAAGGUGACGUCGAAGAACUACCUGACCAUAAGGGGCUAAGUCUGGACGCGCAAACAUUACUUGCAAAGAGCUUGGCAGAUGGGCAUCUGUUACAGGUUACCCCAUCCUCUGUUGUGAUCAACGAGCUGGAAAGUGGGAUGAGCAUAUCUCAGUGGUCACCAUCGUCUGGAUCAAUCACCGCCGUGUCAGCAACAGAAUCAAAGGUGCUAGUUUCCGUCGAUGGGACGUUGCUGGUCGUUCUCGAUAUUGCCCGGAAUCUUGUUAUACAAUGUUCAAGGGACUUUUCGGCAACCAAGCAGCUUUCUUGUGUUGCAAUCUCCUCAGAACUGCCCGAAAUUUGCAUUGUAGGACAAUGGCAAGGCUCUUCGGUCUCUAUUCUUUCGCUUUCCGACCUUGACGUUCAAGCGACCGUACAAGUCAGCGAGGACUCUAUCGCGAUCCCUCGCAACUUGCUCAUCACCCGUCUUUUUGAAGCACCACAUGCACCCACACUUCUUGUGGCCACGGCUGAUGGCAAUGUUACUACCUUUGACAUCGACUCAUCAUCAUACCAGCUCAGCUCAAAGAAGAGCACAAUCCUCGGCACACAAGAAGCAAGCUUCAGGGCCAUACCGCGUGGCAACGGUCUUUUUAGUGUAUUCGCUACAUGCGACCAUCCAUCGCUCAUCUACUCCUCCGAAGGACGUAUUGUCUUCUCAGCUGUAACGGCAGAAAAGGCAGUCUCAGUUUGUGCUUUUGAUGCCGCAGCGUACCAAGGAGCCGUGGCCAUUGCUACAGCCGAUGACUUACGAAUAUCCAUAAUUGAUACGGAGCGCACGACACAUGUACAAACCUUGGCUGUAGGCGAAACAGUCAGGAGAAUAGCGUAUUCACCUACACUUCGAGCUUUUGGUCUCGGCACGAUUAAACUAACACUGAGGGAUGGAGUUGAGACGCUCACAAGCCAUUUCAAAUUAGCAGAUGAGGUGAUGUUUAAAGAACUCGACACAUAUCGAUUGCAUGAUAAUGAGAUUGUGGAAACAGUCAUCCGUGCUGAACUCAACGAUGGCACCGGAGACACUGCCGAACGCUUCAUCGUGGGUACGAGCAUCGUCGAUGACGACGAGGCCAGCGAGCACCACGGCAGAAUAAUUGUAUUUGAAGUCACGGAGGACCGUAUUCUCAAGGAAAUAGCCGAACAUCCGGUUCGUGGUGCCUGCCGAAGACUCGCUGUUCUCCCAAAUGGCAAAAUCGUAGCGGCGCUUGUGAAGACCAUUGUUAUAUUCGACUUUCAAUAUCGCACUGCAUCAACCCCAACAUUUCAAAAAAAUGCGACGUACCGAACAUCUACUGCCCCGAUCGAUCUUUGUAUAUCAGGAAAUAAUAAGAUUGCCGUCGCGGAUCUCAUGAAAUCGUUAUCAAUACUGGAGUAUCGUCCCGAAUCCAAAGCAGCAGCCAGACUCGAUGAACUAGUUGAAGUGGCUAGGCACUAUCAGACUCUUUGGACUACGGCCGUGAGUGAUGUGGACGAGGACACUUGGGUGGUCGCGGAUAGCGAGGAGAACCUGCUUGUGCUUGCAAGGGAUACAGAAGGCGCCACCGAGGAAGAUAGGAGAAGACUCAGAGUCACCAGCGAGAUGGCAUUGGGCGAAAUGGUUAAUCGGAUCAGGUCUGUGGAUGUGCAGGUCCAGAAUGGAGCUCCUGUCAUUCCGAAGGCUUUCUUAGGCACAGUCGAGGGCUCCACUUACCUCUUUGGACUUAUCUCUCCAUCCCAUCAGAAUAUUCUCAUCCAGCUUCAAGAUAAUCUUGCCGAAUUGGUGCAAUCUCCCGGUGGAAUCGAUUUCAACAAGUACAGGGCAUUCAAGAAUCAGGUCAGAGAGGAGGAAGAACCUAGAAGAUUUGUGGAUGGAGAGCUAGUAGAGAGGUUCCUAGAUGCUAGCAGUGAAGUACAACUGCAAGCUGUGAAGGGAUUAGGAAUUGGGGUGGAUGAAGUAAAGGAGCUGGUGGAAGGAUUACGAAGGCUGCAUUGAUUGUUAGAAUUCGAGGUACACAAGAUGCCCGAGCUUAGAAAAAUGACACGAUGAUCGAUUCGCUGGCCUCAUCAGUCUCUUGUGCAGCUUUCAUUCUGCCAUUCCACGGGAGAAACCCACAUUUGGGAGGAAGAUAUAUGCUACACUGUGCUUAUGCUCCUCCGUUAUAGUAUAUUUGAUCUU